CAGACCAACCUACAGAUAAGGACGUGGAGAAGCAAGCGGGGCGGGCGCUGCGAGGCGACGGCUGGGCCCGGGAGGCUGUCACCCGGCUGCCGCCCCGCCACAGUCCGGGGGCGCCAUCUCCCCUGCGCGUCGCUCCGGCCCGGCGCGGUCGCUUUCUCUUUCCUGCCAGCUCCUGCUCGGCGGCGGUGCCCGGGUUUGUCUCCGCGUCGCCCCAGCCUCGCCCUCGGCCUUGCUCGGAGACUCCUGGACCCCCGGGGAGCCGCCAGAGCCGGAAUCAUGGAGGAGGUGUCGUCAUGCUCCCUCAACAGCACCACUCUGUUCCAGCAGGAAGAUGCAAAAGGGAUCACCUACCGGAUCCCAGCGUUGAUCUACAUUCCUCCCAGCCGCACCUUCCUGGCCUUUGCAGAGAAGCGGUCCACAGUCAAAGAUGAGGAUGCCCUCUACCUGGUGCUCCGGCGAGGGCUGAUGACGGGGCGCUCCGUACAGUGGGGUCCCCUACAGCCACUGCUAGGAGCCACAUUACCUGGGCAUCGGACCAUGAACCCCUGCCCUGUGUGGGAGCAGAACACUGGCCGCGUGUACCUGUUUUUCCUCUGUGUGCAGGCCCAUGUUACUGAGCGUUGCCAGAUUAUGUGGGGCAAGAAUGCCUGCCGUCUCUGCUUCCUUUGCAGUGAGGAUGCUGGGUGCUCAUGGGGUGAAGUGAAAGACCUGACUGAAGAGGUCAUUGGCUCAGAGGUGAAGCACUGGGCCACGUUUGCUGUGGGCCCAGGUCAUGGCAUCCAGCUGCAGUCUGGGAGGCUGAUCAUCCCAGCCUAUGCCUACUAUAUCUCGCACUGGUUUCUCUGCUUUCCAUGUUCAGUCAAGCCCCACUCCUUGAUGAUCUACAGUGAUGACUUAGGAGUCACAUGGCACCAUGGCAAGUUCAUUGGGCCCCAGAAGACAGGGGAGUGCCAAGUGGCAGAAGUGACUGGGAGGGCUGCUAACCCUGUGCUCUACUGCAGUGCCCGGACACCAAGCAGAUUCCGAGCAGAGGCUUUUAGCUGUGAUUAUGGUGACUGCUUUCAGAAGCCAACCCUGAACCCACAACUCCGUGAGCCUCGCUAUGGCUGCCAAGGCAGUGUGGUGAGCUUCCGGCCCUUGAAGAUGCCAGACAUAAGUCAAGACCCAAGUGGUAAAGAUUCUCCCACUACGCAGAAAUACCCUCUGCUGGACAGUUCUCUGGAGGUAGAGGAAGGAGCAGGAAGAUGGCUCUUCUACUCACAUCCAACUAGCAAGAAGCAUAGACUUAACCUAGGCAUCUACUACAACCGGAACCCCUUGGAGGUGACCUGCUGGUCCCGCCCCUGGAUCUUGCGCUAUGGGCCCUGUGGCUACUCUGAUCUGGCUGUUGUGGAAGAACAAGGCUUGUUGGCAUGCUUGUUUGAAUGUGGGAAGGAGCAUGGAUAUGAGCAGAUUGACUUCUGUUUGUUUUCAGACCAAGAGGUCCUGAGCUGUGAUGACUGCACCAGCCCUAGGAACUAAAGCCAAAUCAGGACUGAUGGGUGAGGACCCAACUUUCUGCAGAAGGGAAUGGCAACCACAGCCAGGAUAACAGAAGUCUCUGCUGUCUAUAAAAACCCAAGGACUGAUACUCUGCUCCUUGCAUUUUUUCACUUUCCCUUUCAAUGAUCUAGUGAAAAUUGUACCAUUCAACAAGGUUGUUGAAGUGGGAGUUUGGAGGCCAGGCUUUGGUUUUGGAUCUGCUGGUGGCUUGCAUUAGGACUUUGGAUGAAUCACCUGACCUCUUUGGGCAUCAGAUCUCCGUUUGUAAAGUGAGAAGAUUGGUGUGGGAUCUCUUACCUCUCCAUUAAAAGGAGAGGCCACAUGCUCAAUUUCUGUUCCACAAAUUCUGGGUUCUGAUCUUGAAUGAAAGCCAGAGGCUUUUCUGUUCAGAUGACUCACUGCUCACCUGAUGAGGUGACAUAUAGGUGCUUUGUCCAGAAAAAAAAGAGCUGUAUUGUUGUAUUAUUAAUAAGAAAAAAAUGCUCUCAUCCUUCUAAUCAUGCUGGAGCCCUGCAAGUUCCCUAUCCUAGAAGAUUGAGAAAGCAGAACUGUGAGGUCAGCUGCUUCCUCCAGCAUUGCUGGUGUGUUCAUUUCCCUCAUCCAGAAAACAUUUCCUAGGGAGAAAAACGAGAAAUCCAUGCCAGCUGCCCUUGAUAAUGGUGCUUAUUGCUCUUGAUGCUGUGGCCUCCAUUAAAGAUGAAUCUGAAGGGGCUGAAAGAUGGUUCAGUGGUUAAAAGGACUGGCUGCUCUUCCAGAGGACCUGGGUUCUGGUCCCAGCACCCACAUGGCAGCCCACAACCAUCUCUAACUCCAGGUCCAAAGGCUCCAGUGCCCUCCUCUGGCCUCUGCAGGCACUGCACAUGCAUGGUGCAUACACACACAGAGGCAAUGUGCCACGCACAUUUGGCUGUCCACUGUUUACUGAAGGAUGGUUACAAGCCAUCCUGGCUUGCAGACUUUCCAGUUUGAGGUAAAAUUAUGAGUGCAUAAAUACUCUUCUUUACUUUUAGUGUGAAGCCCAAUGUCACUGAAGACCUCUCUCCACACAGCAGUGGGCCCUCAAGCUCUGCAGUCACCCAAAGUUUUCAGGGCCCUGGGGCCUAUCUCAUGGUGUGGCAACAAUUGCCGAAGCCACUUCAGCUGUCUUCAGGUUGGUAGAAAAGUAGCAAAGACAGGGUGGGUAGUCACACCUGUGAAGGAAAAAGAGAGAGAGAGAGAAAGCAGAAAAGAGGCUUUGAUCUUUGCCUUCAGAGCUUCCCAAUCUGCCCCUUAGGUCUUGAGAACAGAGCAGUCCAGUACGGUAGCUUCUUUGGAAGUGGUCCAACUUUUCUGGACCACUGGGGUUCCAGAGGUGGGUCCUCCUGUCCACUCAGCCUUCUGGCUCUGCUCAUGUUCCUUAAUACUUGCCUCAGGUUAACAUUGCUUGGUGCUGCAUUUGGACCUGUGUCUCUUGGUCAUGAGUCUCUCCACAGAGGGCCAGAGGAUGUCAUGAAGCUUCAGAGUGAACCUAAGAACCCACAGAGAUCAACCUGAGGAAGAGGAUUGAUGAUCUCCAUCCAGCCCUACUGGGCUGAUCACUCUUCUCCAGAGGGCUGUGUCAUCUCUCUGCAGCUGAAGUCACAUCCUGGGCCUCCCAUUGGUCCUUCCGUAGGCUGCCAGGUCAUAUCUGCUGUGUCCUCUAGACCUCUGCUAGUGGGGGUGGAGGAAACCAUUGUCCUUUUUAACCUAGAAUCAAUAAUUUAUCUAUAAAUAUAUGAUUUUCCUACCGCAUUCUGAAUUCCCUGAAAGUAAGCGCUGUCUGAUCCCCAUCUUUGUUCCCGGUCCCCACCAAAGGGUCUGAAAUGGUAAGCAGCAGGAGAGCUAGGCUGAUGGAAUGAGCCAGAGGUUCUUGGCAUACUUCAGCUGCAUUCUCCCCCUGCAGGUCUCCCACAUUCAAACGCUGCUGAACAGUCACCAGAAGUGAGAGCCUGGGGUGCUGGCCUGGUUCCAGGUCGGUCACGAUGCUUCCUGGGGCCGGGCUUAAGUUGGCCCAGUCUUGUCUUGUGAGAUGCCUGAAGCUUAAGCCAAGCUGUGAUGUUUGGGGUUCUCAUUUCACUGGUAUUUCCCUUUUGUUCCUCAUUGGAUUUUCCAUGACCACCACUCCUCCAAGGCUCCAAGGGAGAUGCUGAGCUCCCCAUGUCCUGGGUGUCUUAUCUGGCUCUGUGAUGUCAGCACCAGACACAUCACUGUGCCAUAAACACUACCGUUACUUAGAAGGGCAGUUACAACCUGUGGGUCGCAACCCUUUUCACAGCGGUUACCUCAGACCAUCAGAAAAACCCAUAUUUACAUUACAGUUCAUAACAGUAGCAAAAUUACUGUUAGGAAGUAGCAACGAAAAUAAUCUUAUGGUUGGGGUCACCACAACAUGAACUAUUUUAAAGGGUCACAGCAUUAGGAAGGUUGAGAACUGACUUAGAACCAAUAAAGAUGCUUAAAGGUCGUCAUUCCAGUGAUUAAUGAUCUUUAUUGAUAAGGAAACUGAAAUGACUAUAUUCUUUUUUAUAUUUUAUUUUUAUUAAUUACAGUUUAUUCCCUUUGUAUCCCACCUGUAGCUCUCUCCCUCUUCCCUCUCAACCCCCCCUUCCCUCCCUCUUCUCCACCCAUGCCCCUUCCCCAAUUCACUGAUAGAGGAGGUCCUCCUUCCCUUCCAAAUCUGAUCCUAGUCAAUUAGGUCUCAUCAGGAGUGGCUGCAUUGUCUUCCUCUGUGGCCUGGUAAGGCUGCUCCCCCCUGAUGGGGAGGUGAUCAAAGAGCAGGCCAAUCACUUCAUGUCAGAGACAGUCCCUGUUCCCCUUACUAGGGAAUCCGUUUGGAGACUGAGCUGCCAUGGGCUACAUCUGUGCAGAGGUUCUAGGUUAUCUCCAUGAAUGGUCCUUGGUUGGCAUAUCAGUCUCAGAAAACACCCCUGUGUCCAGAUUUUUUGGUUCUGUUGCUCUCCUUGUAGAGCUCCUGUCCCCUCCAGGUCUUUCUAUAUUCUUAAUA